CAUAUUCGGGUUGGUAUUCUUUCUUUUUCCAACCCUUUAUCCACACUUUCACAUUCCGCGCCAUAGAACUUCCCUAUCCUCCUCAGUUUACUCUCUCUAUCUCUUUCACUCACUCUUAACAGCCAUGAAUGGCCUAAUGGCGAACUUCAAUAUUCGGGUCUCCGCACCUUCAAAUCACUUCCUUUCUACGCAGGAUUCCGCUCACCGGCGGCGAACACCUAAUUAUCUUCUAUGGCCGACUCCGAAGCUUCGCCGUAGCUCCGGCAUUGUUUGCAUGGCUGAACCUUAUCUGAUUGCUAAACUUGAAUCCGCUGAGAAAACGUGGAAAGAAUUGUCUGUCAAGCUUGGUGAUCCAGAUGUUGUCUCAAAUCCGAGUGAAUACCAAAAACUGGCACAGUCUGUGUCAGAGCUUAAUGAGGUGGUCUCAACUUAUAGAAGAUUUAAGGAGUGUGAGAAGCAAUUAGAAGAAGCAAAAACAUUAGCAAAAGAGGAAGGCAUGGAUGAGGAUAUGGAGCAGAUGAUUGCAAGUGAAGUUGAAACUUUGACCAACAAUCUUAAAGGGCUUGAGGAGAGUAUAAAGAUGCUGCUUCUUCCUGCUGAUCCUCUUGAUGCUCGGAAUAUAUUGCUUGAAGUUAGGGCUGGUACAGGAGGCGACGAGGCAGGAAUCUGGGUUGGUGAUCUUGUGCGCAUGUAUCAAAAGUACAGUGAGCGGAAUUCAUGGAAGUUUACCCCAAUAUCAAGUGCAGAGGCUGAAAAAGGAGGAUUCAAAACGUUUGUGAUGGAGAUAAAAGGAAAACGUGUGUAUAGCAAAUUGAAAUACGAGUCUGGCGUACACCGGGUUCAACGUGUUCCUCUGACAGAAACUCAGGGCCGUGUGCACACAUCUACUGCAACUGUAGCCAUAAUGCCUGAGGUUGAUGAAGUCGAGGUGGUUAUUGAUCCCAAAGAAAUUGAACUUACCACUGCAAGAUCUGGAGGUGCUGGAGGUCAGAAUGUAAACAAGGUUGAAACAGCUGUGGAUCUUUUCCACAAACCCACUGGAAUCCGUAUUUUCUGUACAGAAGAAAGGACACAACUUCGAAACAGAAGUCGUGCAUUGCAAUUAUUGCGAGCAAAGUUGUAUGAAAUCAAGGCGCGUGAGCGGCAAGAAGAGAUAAGGAAUCAGCGCAAGUUACAGAUUGGCACUGGUGCUCGUGCUGAAAAAAUCCGAACGUACAAUUACAAGGACAAUAGGGUGACAGAUCACCGGUUAAAAAUGAACUUUGAGCUCACUUCUUUUCUGGAUGGCGACAUAGAGACAGCUGUCCAGUCCUGCACAACUAUGGAACAAAAAGAGUUAUUGGAAGAACUUGCUGCAUCAGUAGGUGCAACAGCCAGCUAAAAAGGUCGAGUCCGAUGAGCACUUUUGGUGAAUCUGCUUGAUUAUACAUGUGAUAUGUGCUUAACAAAGGUUGAAGCCGCUGUUAUAGGAUGAAAGAUAGUAAUUCUGUUGAUUAAAACAUAAUCUCUUGUAAGUUUUGCUUGUUUUAUCUUGACCAAUCUUUGAAUUUACAAUAGUCUAUGUGCAAUUUUACCAAUCUCUCCAAUUGUAGUGUUAGCUUUAAUGCUGCAAGUAUUGUUGUCA